CACUAAAAAUUAAGAAAUUGAACAUCGGGCUUGAGCUUACUGGACCCUGCCUACUUGGGCCCUUAAUCGAUCAAAAGCCUUCAUGUAACACCUUCAUCCGUCAGUCCGCCGUGACGCCGUCGCCCAGUUCUUUCUCGCGCAAAGUUCCCAGCAAUUUUGGGUUAAAAACUGGUAUUUCAACAGCCUCUAGGAACCAGUUAGUUUCUUGAUUCAUUUUUUUUUUUGAAACUCAGUGGCUGCCUACCAACUGUUCGACGUAAUGCUUCACUGACAUGAAACCCAAAUUACCAAAUCCUUUCAAACCUUCAAAACUCAACAUCCUUUCAAUGCUGGUUACAAAACUCACAUCCUUUUUAAACCACCCGUUAACCAUUAAACAAUUAAAGCACAUUCACGCUUUGAUCCUAAUCAACGGUCUCAACCAUCUUGAGCCCAUAAUAAUCACCCAAAUUAUUAGCAACCCAUCAAACCAUUAUCCGGCUGCUAUUCGUUAUCUUCGAUCACUAACCCGCUAUUCAAAACACCCCAAUAUCAUUGCAAGAACAUCUGUUAUUCAGUUUUUGUAUAAAAAUGGCAAGUUUAAAGAAGCAUUGGGUGAGUAUCUGCAUAUGCAGAGAUCAGGCUUGUUGCCUUGUAGUUUUGUCGUAGCGACUGUGAUAAAGGCGUGUAUGCGGUUGGGUGAUCGGGUUAAUGGGAUUCGAUUACAUGGUCAGGUUUAUGGGUAUGGGUUGUGUGGGGAUGUUCAUGUGGGAACUUCCCUUGUGUGGUUUUAUUCGAAGUUUGGUGAUACGGAGAUUGCAGCGAAGGUGUUCGAUGAAAUGUCUGAGAGAAAUGCGGCAUCGUGUUUGAUACUUCGGUACUUAGAAUCGGGGAAUUUGUCCAUGGCGGAACGUUUGUUUUCCGAGAUGGGAUGUAAAGAUAUUGAUUCUUGGAAUUAUAUGGUGUCGUGGUAUGCGGGGACUGGGGAUAUGGAGAAGGCGAUAGCUACGUUUGGACCAAUGCCGGUUAAAACUUCGGCUUCGUGGGCUGCGAUGGUUACUGGUUAUAUAGAUUCGGGGAACUUGGAAAUCGCACGUAACUUUUAUGACGUGAUGCCUGAACAAAGCGUUGUUUGUUGUAUCAAAAUGAUCGAUGGGUAUUCAAACAAUGGAGAUGUUGAAUCUGCACGCGAAGUAUUUGAUGAAAUGGGCGAGAAGGAUCAGUUGCUGUAUGAUGCCAUGAUCGCUUGUUAUGCGCAAAAUGGUCGGUCGAAAGAGGCAUUCCAGCUGUUUGAUGAAAUGCUUCAACCAAAUGUAAACAUAAAACCGAACACCGUGACAUUAGCCAAUGUUAUUAAUCUUUGUUCUCAGUUCGGGAACUUAAUUUUUGGGUCUUGGAUCCACGAGACGCUAAUGAAACAAAUGAGGAUCAUUAUGGAUGAUCAGGUGGGUGUUGCAUUAAUCGAGUUAUAUGCAAAAUGUGGACGCGUUGAUAAAGCUUUCGGUUUGUUUCAUGGUUUGCAAAAGAAACACACGGGUGUAUACACAACAAUGAUAUUGGCUUGUAGUAAGAGUGGUUGGAAUCAUGACGCUAUCAAAUUGUUUGAAGAGAUGUUGGAGGCUAAUAUUUGCCCGAAUUUGGUAACCUUUUCGGGACUUUUAACUGCGUUGAACCACGCGGGUACAGUUCAAAUUAACCAUGGGUUAGAUUAUGCUAAUUCUUUAGCCCCUCAAAGACCGUCGAACCAUAACACUUGGGUUGGAGGAAGUUACAAUAGGGUCACUGAACUAGCCCAAAUCUCCUUCCAAGACCAUUAAACUGUUCGGGUUGGGUUCAACAAAAUUAACCACGAUGUUAAGUGUUAACUUUACAAGGCAAUUGCCAUAUUCAAGAGCCUUGAUUAAUGGGUGCAUGGUUGGAUGUAGCUACAAUGGUGUUGACUUGACCAACCCGUUUCCGAUCCCGGGUCAAGUUAUUUGAUUUGGGUCUAAUAAGUUACUUAACCAGCCCAUUAACUCUACUAGCCAAAUAUCCUCUACAAAAUCGUUAAACCAUGUGGCUGUGAUUAAAGAAAGCCACACUAGUGUCAAUGUUAGGGGCCUUUGAGGGCAUUACUCCAUCCAGUCCAAUUAAAUCAUAAGACUGUCUGAAUCGUGUCGACUAUGAGCCGCCCCUAGGGGGACGUGCAACACCAACGAGGGAGAGGAAAAGGUUUAUGUGAGAGGGGGGCGCGCACGUAGAAGAUGCUAGCUGGUCAAACGGCAGUACUGACAUGUUGGCGUUCGUGCCCACCCGUGUUAGAGAAGGUCUGAGGAUGUGGUUGAAGGAAAUUACCAUGCAUUUUUAUGGUUUUGCAUGGUCAGAGCAAUUGAUGAGAAUGAAACCAAUGAUUGAAUGGUGGGAGGAAAUUGAAGAAGCGAAUUGAAUCGCCCCCUUCGAUUCCCGACCCCACCCACUCUAUACUCGGCAAUUCUCAUUCACAAGCCGACAUUUGUGACUUCAGUUCCAUAUUACCAGCGCCACGCGGCUGCUUAAUUUCACAUAGCUGCUACUGGAAUCCGGCUUUCUCAGGUUGUGAUGAUUGUUUAUUGCACAAGUGCACAACAGACGAUAUGCCCUUUAGUGUUAUUAGCUUGUAGUUAAUAUACAACUGAUUUGCAACAUAUGAAGGAGAAAGCGAGAUGGGAAAUCUGGUGUCCCCUCCUACGAACGGAGACAGCCUAAUCCGGCACGUACACAACACACGGCUACAGAAGGAGAUUGGUGAAUCUAAUGAUGGUGUUGUUAUGGUUUAACGAGUGACGUCGGUGGUUUUAAUAGAGCAAAGAGUUGCGGCGGCUACGGUGUAUAUUGACGACGACGGUUCAUCAACUUAGGGUUACGCCAUAUUAUCGCAGAAAUGGUGGAGGUUUCCUCAUGCUCGGCGUACCCGAUGAUGGUGACGGUGGUGCUAGCCAUCGCCACAGUCUAUCUGGAAGUGGUGGUCGGCUGGUGGUGAUGUAGAGAGAGAACAAUGGUGGUGAUGAUACUUUGUACGGGAUCUUUACUCAUAUAAUAUAACGUUUUAUUUUCGAGUAAAUCGUUAUAUAUGACGUGUUUAUCUUUAUCCAUAAUUCGAAAUAUAGUGGAUUUUUUUCUUUGUUGUGAGAACUGAACCGAUACCAUCAUAAUAACACAGUUACACAGGUACUCCCUGUGUUUUUGUUUU